CAAGUGAAGUCAAUCGAGCGCUUCCUGCGGCGCCUGGAGUUUCACGCGAGCAAGAUAGAUGAGCUCUACGAGGCUUAUUGCAUCCAGCGGCGCCUCCGCGACGGAGCCCACAACAUGGUCAAGGCUUACAGCACGGGCUCGCCGGGCAGCCGGGAGGCACGUGAGAGCCUGGCCGAGGCCAGCAAGGGCUACAAGGAGUACACGGAGAACAUGUGCCUGUUGGAGAACGAGCUGGAGAGCCAGCUGGGCGAGUUCCACGUCCGGAUGAAAGGAUUGGCAGGCUUUGCCCGCCUCUGUGCUGGUGACCAGUAUGAGAUCUUCAUGAAGUACGGACGGCAGCGGUGGAAGCUGCGGGGGCGCAUCGAGGUGAACAGCAAGCAGGUGUGGGACAGCGAGGAAAUGGUUUUCUUGCCCCUCGUCACCGAGUUCCUCUCCAUCAAGGUGACGGAGCUGAAGAGCUUGGCCAACCACGUUGUGGUGGGCAACGUGUCCUGCGAGACCAAGGACCUCUUUGCAGCUCUGCCUCAGGUAGUGGCUGUGGAUAUCAAUGACCUGGGAACCCUCAAACUCAGCCUGGAGGUGACCUGGAACCCCUUCGACAAGGACGACCAGCCCUCGGCAGCCAGCACUGUCAACAAGGCCUCCACAGUGAACAAGAGGUUCUCCACCUACAACCAGAGCCCGCCUGACACGCCGUCCCUGCGGGAACAGGCUUUCUAUAGCCCUGGGCGGGCGGCCGACAAGCAUGACUGGUCCUUGCUGGACAUCUUUCGGGAGACACUCUUCGAGAAGCUGUCUCAGAGCUGCUCCUGCGGCGACGUCUCCUCGGCCGAGCUCGGGAGAUGGCCGCAGCAGGGCCGCAACAUGCUGCGGCGCCAGGAGGAGCUGGAGAACGGCACAGCCUGGUCCAUCUCCUCCGAGUCCUCGGACGACUCCUCCAGCCCCCAGCU